AUGUCAGAUGAAGAAAAUAUAAAUCAAAAUGAAGUCGAAGAAGAAUUAGAUGACUUAUUUGGAGAUGGAGAUGAUAAUGAAGAUAAAGUAGAAGAAUCACCAGUUAAAAGUGAUAAUGAAGAAGUCGAUGAUCGAGAUGAAGACGAUGAUGAAGAUGAUGAAGAAUCGGAAACAACAAAACAAUUCAUCGAUAUAUCGUUGCCACGUCAUGCCAUAACACAGCAUAUGGAAAAAGAUGUCAGCUUAUUAAAAACACCUGAUUUUUUAAAUUUGGAAGCACAUCCAUUUGAUCCAACUGCAUUUAAAGAACAAAUUGAAGAAAACCAAAACGCCAGAAAAUCUAAAGGGUUAACAGCCAAAGAAAUUCAUAAUGAACAAAUCACCGAAAAAUUAUUAAAUGAAAAUACUAUUCGAUGGAGGUAUCAUAAUGCUGGAAAUGAUGAUAUUAUCAAACAAUCAAAUGCCCAUUUCGUUGCAUGGAAUGAUGGAUCUGUGUCUUUGAAAGUGGGUAAUGAAAUUUACGAUGUCAGAGAAUUGCCAUUGUAUGAUCACAUGUUAGUUAGAAGUUAUGAAACUGCUGAAAUAUUACAAUCAGACUCAAUCAUUUCCAAAACCAUGAAUCUAUUACCUGCUUCAUCAGCUCAUAGAAAAAUUUUGGUGAAGAACAUUACCAAGAAGGAAAAGAUCUUGAAUACUAUAACGGAUGUAGAUCCAUUGGAGAAACAGAGAAUCGCUGAUGAGAAUGCCCGUAAAGCCAUGAAAUUGAAAAGACAAUUGGAAUCCAAAAGAAGAUUACAAGAUGAAAAAUGGGAAAGAAGUGCAAGUCCAGGAUUUAAGAACCAAGGUUCAUCUUAUGAAGUUUAUUCCGAGAAGUACGAAGAAGACGAUGAUGAUGGUUAUGGUGGAGAUGGUUUUGUCGCUGCCGAUGAGGAGGAAAUUGAACUAUUUGAUGACGAUGACGAGGAUGAGGACGCUGAUGAAGAAGAAUUUGAAAAGGGUGCUGAAAGACUAAGAAAAGUCAAGGAGGAAGGUGCUGCUAAAUACAGAACCCCAUCUCAAGAACCUGAUGAUGAAGACGAAAGAAUAAGAAAGAGAAGAAGAAUUAUAGAUUCAGACGAAGAAUAA